AUAAACCACGCCUUAAGGCUUAGCAUUAUAUGGGAACCUAAUUGGCACAAGGAGAAGGCGGAAGAAGUCUAUAAUCUCUACCAGAAUUCCACACUUUCAUCCCAUCCUGUUGUUGGUCUGGCUGAGCUGCGUUCCCUAUGCACCAGCACCUGUCCAGAUGAACGAACAUUUUGUCUGGUGCUGCUCCAAUUGCAGAAGGAGAAAAGAGUCACUGUCCUGGAACAGAAUGGUAAUAAGAUAAUGAAAUUCGCCCGAGGGCUUCACGCAAAAGUCUCCCCAAUGAAUGAUGUAGACAUUGGGGUUUAUCAGUUGAUGCAGAGUGAGCAGCUCUUGUCACAGAAAGUGGAAUCUCUGGCGCAGGAAGCAGAGAGAUGUAAAGAGGAGGCUCGGAGGGCCUGUAAAGCUGGGAAGAAGCAACUGGCCCUGAGAUCUUUGAAGUCCAGAAAAAGAGUGGAAAGGCGCAUUUCAGAGCUUCAUUCCAAGCUGGACGUGGUACAAGGCAUCCUAGAUCGCAUCUAUGCCUCUCAGACAGAUCAAAUGGUAUUUAAUGCUUAUCAGGCUGGACUAGGAGCUCUGAAGUUGUCUAUGAAAGAUGUGACUGUGGAAAAGGCAGAGAGCCUAGUGGAUCAGAUUCAAGAGCUCUGCGAUACCCAGGAUGAAGUGGCUCAGACGUUAGCAGGCGUGGCAAUCAACGGCUCAGAAGCCGAUACAGAGGAACUUGAAAAAGAAUUGGACAGUCUUCUCACGGACUCCUCAAAAUAUCUGUUGGACCUGCCUUCGGUGCCACCGAAGCCGCUCUCUCCAGCUCCGGUAGUCCUUCCCAGCUGCACGGAUGCUGACCUUGAAGCAGAGCUGGAGAAACUCACUUGCUCAGAUGGAGAAUUGGCACAAAAGACUGAUCGGAAGGCCCCUGACCGCCAAAGAGCUCUGGAGCUGCCUCUUUAAUGACUCAACGUCCCCUUUUGUGCUGUGAAGCUGUCUUAACUUUGCUGAUCAUAAUUCCGAAAGUAACUUGUUGGAACAUGGCUUAAAAGCUCGUUAGACUGCACUUUUCAAAACAGGCAGGAAAAUUCUGCCACGACAAUCCAAAUCCUUUCCACAGAAAAUUGCUCUGUUGUCAUUUUUUUCCCCAGUGGUGCCAAAUUACAGUGUCUCUUUGGUUGAUUUGCUCACCCACAUGGCCACUCACGGCUGCGUUUUCUCUGGCACGUUGACAUCUUGCUGAUCCUGACCUUGUUCGACAUCCUGAGGGCUGCUUUGCCACUUCAUGGAACUCCACCUUGUGACCACUUGAAAGGCAAUAAAGUCACACGCUGUCUGGC